AUGUCUACCGCUGAGCUUGCUACGUCCUACGCGGCGCUGAUCCUGGCCGACGACAACGUCGAGAUCACGGCCGACAAGAUCAACACCCUCAUCAAGGCCGCCGGUGUCCAGGAGGUUGAGCCCAUCUGGGCCCAGCUGUUCGCCAAGGCUCUUGAGGGCAAGGAGGUCAAGGACCUGCUGUCCAACGUUGGCUCCGGUGGCGGCGCUGCCGCCCCGGCUGCUGGCGGUGCUGCCGGCGGUGCUGCCGCCGCUGCCGAGGAGACCAAGGAGGAGGAGAAGGUUGAGGAGAAGGAGGAGUCCGACGACGACAUGGGCUUCGGUCUGUUCGACUAA